GUCAGCGGGUCCUUAUCGUUGUCAUCUUAAAGUCGCUCUCAUCAUCGCUGGAAGAGGCGUCCUCCGACAGCUGGUCCACGUCAACCUUGCCGGUGUCCCCAUCCUCCUUGCCCUCCUCAUCAGCACUGGCGCCACCCUCCACAUCCAUGAAGGAAUAUGCGGAAAGGCCCUCGAGGUUGAUUUUGUCGUCCCCAGAGCCAUCCGUCAUCAUUCCACAUCCGGUUUUCUCGAAGGGACGGAACCGAUAUUGCUCAUCUUUAUCGAUCUCCCCGGUCGCCUGUGCCACCCAACUGGUAAGCAACACGCGACGUUCGGAACACGUCAGUGCUUUGGCCUCCCACUUUUGCAGGUUGUAUCCGCUCUCCAGCCACUUGUCCAGCUGCACCCCCACAGCCACCUUCAGCCGCCGUCCAUAGCCGGCGUCGAUCGGCUGGACCUCGUCCGUA